CCCCCCCGGGACCCCCCCCCCCCAGCCAUGACGGUGGAGUUGGACUUCGAGGAGUGUCUGAGGGACUCGCCUUGGUUCAGGGCCGCGCUGGAAGAGGCCGAGUCGGACGCGGCCGAACUCGAAACCCACCUGGAGAAGGUGCUGAAGCUGUGCUCGGCCGUGCUGGCCGGGCGGGGUUCUGGAAGCUUCCAGCCGCGCCCUUCGCCGCGGGGCUGCGGGAGCUGGCGGGGGACCCCCCGGGGGGACCCCCUGGUGCAGGAGUCUCUGCAGAAGUUCUGUGAUUCGCUGGAGCAGAUGAUGGACAGCCACGAGGAGCUGCGGAGCUGCACCCAGAGCGCGCUGAGCCGCAACCUGGAGCCGCUGCUGCGCCACUCCCUCCGCGCUCUGCGCUCCUCGGGCCGGGAGCGCGCACGCGCGGCAGAGCUCCUGCAGGGGGCCCUGCAGCACCACGCCGAGGUGCCGCGACGGCGCCCCCUGGAGGCCAAGGAGGCGGCGGCGGCGCUGGGCGGGGCCAGGGGCGUGGCCAGGGCCAGGGGGCUGGACUACGUGCUCAAGCUGCGGCUGCUGCAGGACCAGCAAAAAACGGAAAUUCUGCAAUUUGUGCUGUCGCUGCUCGAGGCCCAGGCCGCGUUCUUCGGCCGCGGCCACCAGGGGGCGACAGCGGCCCGCGACUACCGGGGGCACCUGGGGGCGCAGCUGGAGCGGGCACAGCUGGAGGGGGCGCGGCGCCGCCGGGACCUGGAGCAGCGCCAGCAGCUGCUGCUGCAGCAGGACCUAUCGCAGGAUGAGGUGGGCGUGGCCGCGGGGGAGGCGGGGCCCGAGGCCCCGCCCAUGGAGGGUUACCUGUACAAGAGAGCGAGCAACGCCUUCCGCACCUGGAGCAGGCGCUGGUUCUUCAUCCAGAGCAACCAACUGCUCUACCUGAAACGAGCCCGCGACCCCCCCACGGUGGUGGUCGAGGACCUGCGGCUCUGCACCGUCAAACCCUGCCCCGACCUCGAGCGCCGCUUCUGCUUCGAGGUCGUCUCCCCCUCCAAGUCGUGCGUGCUGCAGGCGGACUCGGGGGGGGGGCAGCGCCGCUGGGUCAGCGCCGUGCAGAGCGGGAUCGCCUGCGCCUACAGCCAGGGCACCCCCAAAGCGCAGCCCCCCGCGCGGGCCGGGCCGGGGUCCCCCCCGGAGCCGCCCCCGGUGCUGGGGGCGGUGCUGGGGCUGGAGGGCAACGGGAGCUGCUGCGACUGCCGGGGGCCCUGCCCCGAGUGGGCCAGCGUCAACCUGGGCAUCACGCUGUGCAUCCAGUGCUCGGGCAUCCACAGGAGCCUCGGGGUGCAUUUCUCCAAGGUUCGCUCGCUCACCCUCGACUCGUGGGAGCCCGAACUGGUGAAGCUGAUGUGCUCGCUGGGGAACCGCGCCCUGAACGGGAUCUACGAGGCGCGCGUGGAGGAGAUGGGGGUCAAGAGACCCCCCCCGGGCUGCUCCCGGGCCCAGCGCGAGAGCUGGAUCCGGGCCAAGUACGUGGAGAAGAAAUUCCUGAGGGGCGUGGCCAGCCCCGCCCCCCGGCCCCGCCCCCUGCGCCAGGUGGGAAAGGGGCCCCCGGCCCCAGACGGCGCUGAGCCCGAGGCCGCGCCCUGCCUGCACCCCGGGGCUCUGCUGUCCUGGGCCGCCCGGCGCCGCCGCCUGCCCACCAUGGCCGAGGCGCUGGCGCACGGCGCCGACCCCGGCUGGGCCAACGGCGCCGACGGCAACCGCACCCCGCUGCUGGAGGCCGUGGCCGUGAAUUCCCUGCUGGCCUGCGAGUUCCUGCUGCAGAACGGGGCCAGCGUCAACCAGAGCGACAGCCGCGGCCGGGGCCCGCUGCACCACGCCACCAUGCUGGGACACACCGGCCUGGCCUGCCUGUUCCUGAAGCGGGGGGCCGACGUCAACGCGGUGGACGCGGACGGGAGGGACCCCCUGACCAUCGCCAUGGACUUGGCCAACGCCGACAUCGUCACCCUGCUGCGAUUGGCCAAGAUGCGAGAGCUGGAGGUGGCCCAGGGACAGACCGGUGACGACACCUACCUCGACAUCUUCCGCGACAUCUCCCUGAUGGCCUCGGACCACCCCGAGAAGCUCGCCCGGACCCCGCCCCCCAAACACUCCACCCUUUAGCCCCGCCCCCUCUGCAAACCACACCCCCUCGGCAGAGCCACGCCCCCUCGGCAAAGCCACGCCCCCUCCUAGGGGAGCAGCCAAUGGAAUAAAGUCUUGGUUUGA